AUGCGUAGGGGUUUCUGUUGUUUAUCUACAGCGUGCGUCACUUUAGGAGCUAAUGUUUUAUUGGAUGAUGCAACCGGUGAUGUGAAAUUGGGUGAUUUUGGUGUUGCACGUUUUCUAUCGACGGUAGCCGGGUUGAAAGCGAACACAUUUGUUGGUACACCAUUCUUUAUGGCACCAGAAGUUAUUCAAUAUGGUCAAUACGAUUCAAAGGCUGAUAUCUGGUCGCUUGGAAUAACAGCCAUCGAACUGGCCCAAGGCGAACCGCCUCACUCAGACCUGCAUCCGAUGCGUGUACUGUUUCUGAUCCCCAAAAAUCCACCGCCACAGCUCACUGGACCGCAAUGGUCGCGUUCAUUCAAGGAUUUUGUCGAGCUUUGCCUCAAUAAGGACCCUGAUAAUGUGAGUUUUUGUAAAGGAACUUACACUAUA